AUGGACUCGACUGGCAUCAAACAUCCUGCUGACUGGGACGAACUACAGAAACUGUCUGGAUUGCUUUACGGCUCUUCCACUCCGUUAAACUCGGUUCAUUCAACCGAAAACUAUCGUCAUCACUCUUACAUUCAAUUCCUUUUGUAUUGCAUCUCAAAAUUCUCGGCCAUCUCCAUAUCAACUCCUAUUGAAAAUGCUCUUGUUCUCAAGCAAGUUCAAUAUGUUCCAUCCGAUACUUUUAUUGAGCAAAUGCAAUCAUCGGAUCGUUAUUGUCAGACUUCUCCGCGUAUCGAUCCACAAUCUGACAAAUACGAUCGUCAAUCCACUAAUGAUACUUGUCUUAGCGAUGAUGGUAGCAGUAAAGAGGAUCAGAGUAGUGUUCCUGAUAUUGAUGAUGAUCAAAGCUAUUUUGACGCAGAGGAAUACGCUGCACAAUUGAAUGACAGUCUUGUCGAAUCUACUCUUCAUCGUACUGAAAAAAACUCCAUUUUACAAUCAUCUGCCGCAGAUGCUUCCGGUUAUCUUCUUCAAACUUCGUUUUCAGAUGACGAUCCUACACGACCACAGUAUCAGCUUCCUAUUCUAGAUACUGGCACUUUGGAUACCAUUUUUCGUAUUCUACUACACAAUGACGAAGGAUUUACUUCUCUUUGGAAAGGAAACAAUGCAAAUUUUUUAAGAGAUCUGCUGUUUGCUUGGACACAACCUACUACAAAUGAUGUUUUGGCUUCGUUUCUCAAUAUUCCCUUGGAUGAUAUCCAGUUGUCUUAUUCUGAAAAUCCAAUCCCUCAAGCAGGUCUUUUACUAGCUAGCCACGCUAUUUGCGGUGUACUAUUUAGUCCGUUAGAAUUGAUUCAAACCAGACAAAUUGUUCAAACGUCAAGUAGAUAUCAUCGUAAAUAUAGAUAUAUAUCAAGCACACUUUACACAGUACUGAGGGAAGAGUUUCCCGACAAACCUUUUGGCAUAUUUUUUUCUUGUAAUCUGCUGUUUCCUACUCUUGCAUUUCAUACUCUCAAUCCAAUUUUCAAGUUUCUUGGUCCGUUGAUCAUUGACAGGGGACUUGGUUUAGAUCAGCAAGAAAGUCCUUUUUCCUAUUUGUUUUGUGAAAUGGCAUUUGGAUUGCUGGAACUGAUUGUUAUGCUUCCUAUUGAAACGGUACGUAAAAGACUCAUGUGUCAAGUAGUGCGUCGUAUGCCACAUUUGCAGCCCAAUCCUCAGAAACUUGGUAUGCGUGAAUGCGAAUACAAAACUGUGGUACAAACCUCGCCUGUUCCUUAUGUAGGAAUCUUGGACUGUGUGUAUCGCAUUAUUAUUGAAGAAGGUGGACCUCGAUCAUCAAAAAGAAAUCCUACUUUAUCAAAACAACAUUCUCGAUUUAAACGGAAUCGACAAUCGACGACCAGAUUCAAGAAGCAAUCUGAUGAAUGGAACCCAAUUUGGCGGGUUUCUGGUUUAUAUCGUGGAAUUUCUGCAAGACUGGUUGCAAGUAUUUCCGUAGCAAUUUUGCAAACGAUUGUAAGAUGCAUUGAGAUUAAUUAUGAGUAA